UGUUCAGUUGCGAUGAUUCUGCCGGCUUGUGUUAUAGGUGAGCUCUGUAAUUUGAUUACGCUGGAUGUAGCCCACAACCAACUGGAGCACCUUCCUAAAGAGAUCGGCAAUUGCACUCAGAUCACCAACCUUGACCUGCAGCACAACGAACUUCUUGACCUACCUGAGACUAUAGGUAACUUAUCAAGUAUAAACCGUCUGGGUCUGAGGUACAACCGUCUAUCAGCGAUCCCUCGAUCUUUAUCAAAGUGCCGAGAGCUGGAGGAACUCAACCUUGAAAAUAACAACAUCUCAGUGUUACCAGAAGGUCUUCUCUCCAGUCUGGUGAACCUGACGAAUCUGACGCUGGCGCGAAACUGUUUCCAGUCUUACCCAGCGGGUGGCCCAUCCCAGUUCUCCACCAUCUACUCACUCAACAUGGAGCACAACCGUAUCAACAAGAUCCCUUUUGGCAUCUUCUCCCGAGCCAAAGUGCUCAGCAAGCUCAAUAUGAAGGACAACCAGUUAACGUCUCUUCCGCUGGAUUUUGGGACGUGGACCAGUAUGGUAGAGCUGAACCUGGCAACAAACCAGCUUACCAAGGUUCCAGAGGAUAUCUGUGGACUUGUGUCUUUAGAGGUCCUCAUAUUGUCCAACAAUCUUUUGAAGAAGUUGCCUCAUGGAAUAGGAAACUUACGGAAACUGCGAGAGCUUGACCUGGAGGAGAACAAACUGGAGUCCCUCCCGAAUGAGAUUGCCUACCUUAAGGAUCUGCAGAAACUUGUGUUGACCAAUAAUCAGCUGACCACUUUGCCAAGAGGAAUCGGUCACCUGACCAACCUGACGUACCUGGGCUUGGGAGAGAACCUGCUGCAGCACCUACCUGAGGAGAUCGGUACACUGGAGAACCUGGAGGACCUGUACCUGAAUGACAACCCCAACCUGCACAGUCUGCCGUUCGAGCUGGCGCUCUGCAGUAAGCUAUCCAUCAUGAGCAUAGAGAACUGUCCCCUCAGUCACCUCCCGCCGCAGAUCGUCGCCGGAGGCCCUUCCUUCAUCAUCCAGUUCCUCAAGAUGCAGGGUCCCUACCGUGCCAUGGUCUGAGAUGGCUCACACACUGUACAAAGAGGAACCUGAAUCGCCACACGACGUUAAUUUCGUCGUCAUUAUAUCUCGGACAAGAAGCGGCUUAACUGGGUUCCAAUCGAUGGAGGAAUCAUAGCCAGUUAGGUCCCCUUUACCCCCGUAGUAAACAAUGUCUAGACUUCAGUUGCCAAAAUUAAUGUACAUUAGUGAUUCUGAAGAGGCGCUCUUAAAAGGUUUCAGUCAUUUUGCCAAUUUAUUGAAAGUCAUUAUAAAGAUUUUGACGCCAGGAAACAGUUGUAUGCAAAAACAAAACAUUUUUACAAGUUAAUUUUUGCUGCUGCUGCCGCCGCCAUACUGUAUGCGAGAUUUUUUUUUCUUAUCAUCCCACAACCAAAAUAAUUUUAUUGUACAGAGGACCUGUUUGGAAGCAGUGAACAAAUUUGUAGUUCUUUUUUUUAUUAUUAUUAUUAUUAUUAUUAUUAAUCGUUGUUCUAGAAUUGUGCCAAUCCAGUGCAGUUGGGUGGUUUGUGUCUGAACAUUAUUAUCCAAGAAGUUUUUAAUACAAAAAGGCUGAAUUUACAAAAGUAUAAUUUAUUCCGUAAUUCCUUUUCAUUGUUGUUGAUCAUUUUAUCGCUCCCGUUUUUAAAUAGUCACUCCUCUUCGCUAUCGGGACGUGUUGCUGCGCUUGACAUUUUAAAAUUAAUCCGCAAUCUUUUUUUCUGCGAAAUAGUGAAGCAACAAAUGAAUCAAAAAUAGUUUUUAAUAGCAAUCAGGUCAUGGGUUUAGUGAGCUAGGUGCGGGUCUGGUUUCGUGGGUCUCUCUUCUGGACGUGGGGUUUGUGAUUGUUUACUUGUUUGCCAUAUCCACAGUGUUGCGCUCUGCUUGUGUCCUAUCGGUGAGAGUCGCAUCUACAUAUCAGGUGCUAGCAGUUAAAGGCCCACGUUUACUGUGAGGAAUGCCAAACACCCAUUCAACAUCACUUCCGUCCUUUUUUUUACUGUGCAUUUCAAGGAUUUCCUGGUCGGUGUCAUCGGACCGGUUUUAAACCCCAUGAUUUUUGGUCUUAAAUUCACAGAAUAUUAAACAAUGGUUACAGUUUUUUGCACCGUUUGACCCACAUACUUAUGCUGCUGCUUUUAAUGCACUUUGUAUUGAUAUUUGGCAUCCUCCUCAAGUAAAAGGGUCACGAUAUUUCAUGUUACCGAUUAAACGUAUGGAAGGGGGCAUUUAUUAUUAUUAUUAUUAUUAUUAUUAUUUCUGAAGUAUUUUAUCUUUUAUUUUAAUUCUCUAUCAUGUAUAUUUUAUAACAGUGAAUGAAAAAUUUGCCUCAGCAAAUUCGAACGAUAACAUGCUAUUAAGAAUCUUUUUUUCAAGGCUUUGACGCUAUUUCUCUUUAUUAAAUGUUUUGAUUUAAACUUCUGACUUAGUUUGUGUUUCUAUAUGUUUAAAAAUUCAAAUGGUGCAGAUCAAGUAUUGCAAUUAAAAACCCAAAUGUUUCCAUUAUAUGAAUUGCGAACAUUUUUUUUAUUUCAC